AUAUACUUCACUGGGCAGCAAGUCUAUUUUGAGUGCAGACGAGAUAUCUUCUGCGAAGACGUCGUCGCUGAAAACAAGCGCCUCGCGUCGUCCACCCAACCUUUACGGUAUAAAGGUGCAGGAAACUUUACCUACCUUCAGAAACCCAGCCACAGGCAUCGAUGAACCCAUAUUCUUCUCCGAAAGGGAUCUUGGACGCAUCACAGCUGAGGCUAGAUCAUCGACCGCUAGAGCCAGGCACCCUCAUAUUCCGCACUACUUCCAGCCACUUUAGUAUCGUACGGCGACACAGUGGAGAAGACGUAAAAUCGUGUGAACUUUUCUACCACGGUCUUUUCAAUAUCCUCUCCAACUGUUCUACCUGGGUUGGCAGCGUCAUACUGUCAUUAGAUCCUGCCCCGCUGGCUUCCCUUGAGUUCAUUGUCCUUUCCCGUACUACUGCGGGCCCUGGCGUGUAUGACGAAGAAUGUCUUGGAAGGUUCUACUCUGGAUGCAUGUUAUAUGUGAUGGCGGUGAGCGAGAGUGAGGGUUUGAUGGAGCGCGUUGGGUUUGGUGUUAUUAUGAGUCUCCGUGAAUUGCUUCGGAUGCAAAGGAGAAGGUGGUGUCUCUUCGAUGAUAGACACGUUAUCUCGGUCUUGUUGAAAAAAGAUAUUUAUUUUGUAAAGCGAAGACCUUUCAAGCGGUCGGUAUAAAUGAAAUUAGGGAGAUUACUAGUAUCCCAAGUCGGCCGUGUUUCCCGAGUCGAUUGUGUUUGGAUCCCACUGGUUGCUGAGGUAUGUUGCGCGUCCCAAGUCGACCAUGGAGCCAAGUUUAAGCGCAUCAUUGAGAUUAUUGAAUGAUGCAAGCUUCAGCAACGUGAAAAUCGCGCUAAGCACUCUUCAAGUUGAGUAGAGGAGAUCUGAGUGUCGUCCGCCC